UUAAAAGUCUGGAAGAUUUGAUUUCAAAACAUACCACAAAUUUCAAAGGAAGUAAAUCUACAUGAAGAGCUACAAAGGGAGUUGAUUUGAGAAGAUACAGCGUUUGCAAAAAUGUCUUCAAGUUGUGCGACUUCGGUGUUUGCUUUGAUGAUUUUGUGCUUUGCAGCUGCAGGUCCUGUGCCUAGGAGUGAAUGUGUCUUAUCGCCUGUUAACAAUUCGCACCCAGUCCAUGCCUUAUUGGAGAGUUUUACAGUCUUAUCUGGCUGUGCAAGCCGAGGCACGACAGGCCUGCCGCAAGAGGUGCACGUCCUCAAUCUCAGAAAUCCUGAGGAGGGUCUUGGCCAUCAUGAAAGAGAGGUCACGUUACAUUUGAAUCCAAUUUCAUCAGUGCACAUUCACCAGAAGCCUCUGGUGUUUCUUCUCAACUCUCCUUUGCCUCUGGUCUGGAAGCUAAAAACAGAAAGACUGGCACCUGGAAUCCGAAGAGUUUUCUUU